UCCGAGCGGGCCCCGCGGCGUGGACGCCCGAGCGACCGGCCAUGUCCAACGCGAUGUACGACAGGCUGUGGCACCAGGCCCAGGAGGCCCUCAGCGCGCUGCUGGCCAGCGAGUCGGAGGUGAUCGACCCGCACACCAGCCAGGUGUCCAUCUUCCAGACGCUGGCCACCUACUACAUCAAGUACGUGCAGGUCUUCCGGAACCUGGAGAACGUGUACGACCAGGUCGUGCACCCCCAGAAGCGCCUGCUGGUGCGGAAGAUCCUGGACGCGGUCAUGGGCCGCGUCCUGGAGCUGAAGAACGAGAUGGUGGAGCUGGAGCUCAGCGAGUUCCACUAUUUCGAUGACAUCUUGCAGGACCUCAAGCUGGAGCCCCAACAGUUAGAUAUUCCCAUCCCCAGGUACUUCAUGAAGGAAAAGGUGGAAGCCAUCAGGGAGCGAGAGAAGAUGCUGGCUCAGAUCCUGGCCGAGUCUGGGCUGAUGACCCCUGACCUGGGGCUGUCGGCCAAGGCCCUCCCCCUGGAGAAGGCGGUGAAGCUGGUGCAGCUCGCGGAGAGGAUGCGGCAGGGCCGGCUCAGGGCCAUGUUCAUGCGGCAGAUCUUCCUGCAGGAGUACCGCGCCAAGCAGGCCCGGCUGCUGGGCGAGAAGACGGUGGACCUGGGCGCCUCGGCGCUGCUCAUCCAGAAGAUUUGGCGAGGUUUCAAUCAAUGCAAGAAGACUGUGCAAGAGCGGGAAGAAGAGAUGGUUUUCCUGGGCAUGAUGCCGCCGCCUCUGUUCAACCAGGUCAGCCCGACGGUGGAGCAGGCGGAGAAGGUGCGCUCGCAGCGGGACGAGACGCAGGGCCGGCACGAGGCCGCCUUCCAGCACGCGCUGGUGACCAUCAAGGACGACCUGAAGCUCGUGGAGGGGCCGGACAUCAAGGAGAACCUGCAGGACCAGAUCCGGCACUGGUUCAUCGAGUGCAGGAACCUCACCGGCACCUUCCCCGACUACCCCGACGCAGAGGAAGGCGGGUCGGCGGUGAUUUUCUCCAACAAGACCCCGCAGCAGGUCAUCGAUGACAUUAUUGCCAGCCAAGAAGAAGAAGAGAAGAAAAAGAAACAGAAGAAAAAGGAAAAGGAAAAGAAACCCAAGAAAACCCAGAAAGAGGAAAAGAAAGACACAAAGGAAAAACCGAAGGAAGAAGACGCAGGCUGGAAGAUGGCCCCGAGCGGCUUCCUCUCCUCCAUGCAGGAAGGGAACAACCUGUACAAAGACAAGUGGAAGGAUAAGGACGAGUCGGAAAACUUCCUCCAGGGCUACGACGCCGACAUGAUCAAGGAGGAGAAGCGCAAGGAGAUCGAGGCGGAGAUCAGGGUGCAGGUGGACGAGCUGAUGAGGCAGGAGCUGAAGAACUUGCGGCUGGCCGUGAACAAGGAGAAGGAAGUGCUGCCCAGGGGCGGGAGGAAGAAAGGAGGCAAAGCCCAGAAGACAGGGAAGAAGCACAGGAAGGGGAAGGCCGGGAAGGGCGACCUGACGGCCGACAGGUCCCUGGAGUCCCUCUACCGGGAGGUGGUGGCGGAGGGUCUGUUGAUCCCGUCUCUGAAGGUCAACCUCUCGGACUACAUCGGCGAGUACUGCUACCUGGGGACGGCGCUGCGCCAGGUGGCCGUCGAGCCCAUGCCCUCCGUGCUGGACGUCAGGCAGCUCGUCACCCUGUACGGCGUCCUGCCACUAGGCUCGGCGUCGGUGCACGAGAAGGCGCCCCUGGUGAGGUCGCUGCUGCUGGCCGGGCCCUCGGGGGUGGGCAAGAAGAUGCUGGUGCACGCCAUCUGCACGGAGACCGGCGCCAACCUCUUCAACCUGUCAGCCGCCAACAUCGCGGGCAAGUACCCGGGCAAGACCGGCCUCCAGAUGAUGCUGCACCUGGUCUUCAAGGUGGCCCGAGAGUUCCAGCCCUCCGUGGUGUGGAUCGGAGACACGGAGAAGACCUUCUACAAGAAGGUGCCCCAGGCGGAGAAGGCGGUGAGCCCCCCACGGAAACGGCAGGUUCUGCUCGCUGGUUCCGCCCUGCGGCCUCUGCAGGGGCCCCUCACCCUCACGGCGCCCCCGGACUCCCGGCCCGCUCUCUGCCUCUCCUCUGGCAAGGGCCGGGUCCGGCAACAAGAGUGA